AUGAAGACGAUACUCUCAUCGGAAACUAUGGACCUUCCCGACGGAGUGAAUAUUAAGGUGAAGGCGAAGGUGAUCGAGGUGGAGGGUCCUAGGGGUAAGCUGACCAGGGAUUUUAAGCAUUUGAAUCUAGAUUUUCAGCUAAUCACAGAUGAGGAGACCGGAAAACGGAAGCUGAAGGUCGACGCCUGGUUCGGGUCCAGAAAGACCACCGCCGCCAUCCGCACAGCUCUCAGCCACGUCAACAAUCUCAUCAUCGGUGUUACCAAGGGUUACCGCUAUAAGAUGCGGUUUGUGUAUGCUCACUUUCCUAUCAAUGCUUCCAUCACUAAUGGCAGCAAGUCUAUUGAGAUCCGUAACUUCCUGGGCGAGAAGAAGGUUAGGAAGGUGGAUAUGCUUGAUGGUGUCUCUAUUCUCCGAUCUGAGAAGGUUAAGGAUGAAUUGAUUUUAGAUGGGAAUGACAUUGAGCUUGUUUCGCGAUCCGGUGCAUUGAUAAACCAGAAAUGCCAUGUGAAGAACAAGGACAUCCGGAAGUUCCUUGAUGGUAUCUAUGUAAGCGAGAAGGGAACCAUAGUUGAGGAAGAUGUUUGUAGCCAAUAA